CGAGAAAUAUAUCGUCAUGAAGCUACUGUAUUUUUGUCAUUCUAAAAAAAAUAAAAUCAAGAUAAGACCGGUGAUAGGACUGAGACACUGUUUGAAUCGGGGCCAAGAAUAAUCGCAUUCAGUUGACUCCAACAAAAUCCAACAUUGAGAUCACAAAAUGGAGUUUCAACCAACGGCAUCGCCACACGCUUCUGUUGAUCAAUCCCGAACAACUAGUCUCAACGACCGACUGAACACCAACUAUGUCAAYCUAGGAGGAGCGGAAGGAAACAGCUAUGCUGCUCAAUACACAAAGACUGUCACUGAUUUUGUUGGGGAAUUCGUUACUCCCCGUCAACUAUUGGUGUUAAUCCGUGUCCUGAAAGCAGUGACUUUCGUGUUCCUUAUUUUGACACUUGCAGCGAACAUGAUGUACAUAAUCUUUUUGGAAGUUCUUGCAACUAGAGAAGUUCGAAACAUUGUCGGUGGGCGUAGAGACAUGAUAAUAAGGGUGUACGGACUCUUUCUCUCGGGUGUGGCUCUUGCUGUCGAAGUUGACGUUGCUUGGGUCGUCCAGGUAUGAAAUKUCUCUUUCAUUGGAACAUAUUUYAUCUUGUUCGGUAGAAAUUUUUGUUAUUCUUUCUURUUCAGCGUCACUCACCACCUGUUGCAAAUUUUGUAUUGGAUUGACUGACACGGGGCUUUCGUACUGUAUUUUGGACCAGUCCUUUUAUGGAUUCAAGGGAUUUAUCGCACGUUCGCUCUUGCUCCUUUUUGUCAGUGCUAUUACUGGAGCGAAUCCUCUUUUCAUUGCAGAGCGCAAUCAACUGCUCAAUCAAGAUGUCUACUAUGACGACGAUGCGAUUUCGAAUGUGACGUCUAUUGAUCUGCCCAUGAGUGUCGUAGUGUUCCAACAGGUCACAUCCUUUUUCUUGUAAGUUAUUGUAAUGGUGCCUCAAUAUCAGUUUAUUUCGUUGUUCACGCCACUAACCUGAAUGCUCCCAAAAAAAAAUGUUCUAGGGGAGUUUGUGCCAUCGCUUAUUUCGUUUCUGGGGUGCUUUGUCUCGAUCGCUUUACUUCAAAGGCUUAUUUGUCUUCAAACGACCCUUUGGUGACUACAGCAAUUCCACCACCGACUACUGUUCAAAACCAAGAGGAGCAGAUUAUGUAGAGGCAUAGAGGGAACAAAUGCAAUUCAAAAUU